AUGGCCAACCCGAGGUACCACAACGCGAAGGUGGACGCGGGCGACGAUGACGUGGACAGGGAGGAUCUCCUGCGGCGGUUCAACUGGCAGGUGUCCUGCGCGGGCGUCAUAGAGGAGAUCAGGCGGCGGCGAAGACAUGAGGACGCGCUGGACAGGCACAAGCCUAGGGCAUGGUUAGCGGCGAGGAGGUUUGUUGGAGGCCCAUCAACCAGUUCCUUCUACAAACUCGGUCUGUCAUGUGUGCCGGCCGGCAUCACCACCAGUCCACCACCACCACCAUGGCCGCCGCCGCAACCGUCUCCUCGUCGCGUCCGCCUCCCCUCCUCCAACGCCACCUUCGUUUCCUUCCCGCGGCGGCCGCUCCCCGCCACCACCCUCGCCCUCUCCCACCCCUCCCAGCUGUCCCUGGUGCCGGCGGCCAACCCCAAGUACCACAACGCGAAGGUGGACGCGGGCGACGAGGACGUGGACGGGGAGGAGCUCCUGCGGCGGUUCAACUGGCAGGUGUCCCGCGCGGGCGUCAUGGAGGAGAUCAGGCGGCGGCGGAGGCACGAGGACGCGCGGGACAAGCGCAAGCGCAAGGCGCGGUCGGCGGCGAGGAGGUUCCGCCGGAGGCGCUUCAAGGGCCCAUAUCCUUUCAACGAUGACCAGGGGCUGAAGGAGCAGGCCUCUGAUGACGAGGAGAACGACAACUGGGAGCUCCCUGCAGGAGAGUUGCCUUCUUACAGAUUUCAGAUAGAGAUCAAAAGCUACACAGAAGUACAGAACACAGCGCAGCAACGGAAAGUGCAAGGUGUUCGUUCCUUCUCGAAGCAACGCAGCAUCCGGCUAUCUCUGGACCCACCAGCCCACCGAGUUGUCUUCUCUUUUAUUUACCUUCGUAUGGAUAAUUGA